UAAUCUGAAUAACAAAGAAAAACAAUCCAAUCUCAAAGAUAGUAAAAAAGUUACUAACUUGGAUGAAGAUAAAAAUAUGCAUAAUAAAGAAAGCAAAGAAAAUCAUCAAUCAAAACAAAAAAAAGAAGCAUUAAAAUGGUCACAAGAAAAAAAAAAAACUGAAAUUAACUAUUGA